AUGGAAUGUUAUCGGAUCAUAUUGUUUUACAAUUGCUUGCAUGAUUUGGCAUUGACUUUAAUUUCUUACUUUUGUCGACCGGUAAGUCAUUUUUUGGAAAUUUUUAAUCAAAAUGAGACGUUUUGGUAGGCUUUAAUAUUGCAGCGUAUUUUACAUUACUGUAAAUAUAAAUUAGACUAUUAUUUUUUUAAAAAUAAAAUUUUAAAUUUAAUAUUUUUUGUAAAAUUUCGAAAAAUUUUAAAAAGUUUUUUUAGCACCUUGUAGUAGACAAUGGCUACAUUUUUGUCUUUUCCAACCAAAUGACAGACGUGUUUUCUCUCGACGUAAAGCUGUUUGCUUACUACGCCUACAUAUUUAUAGUGCACUCAUUAGUAGCUGUAGUUGGCUUUUCGUAUAUUUACCGUUACUUGAUUGUUUGCAAGUAAGUUUACUGUCAGUUUUGAAAAUUUUUAAAGUUUACAAUAAAAAUUUUUUUUUAAUUGACAAACUAUAAUGCAAAUUUUUUGUAUAUUAAAAUAAAUUUUUAGAAACAAAAUUCUCUCGAAUUUCCAAUUCUGCACAUUGGGUUUGUUCAAUUAUGUUGGACCUAUGGUUAUUGUGAUUGGCACUCAUUUUUACAUUACUCCGUACAGUCCGGAAAACAAAGAAAAGUUAGACUUCUUUAUCAACCGAUCGAUUAAUACGGACUUGAGAGUAUUGAGGGAGAGCUUGGUGUUUAUUGGAGAACCGGUAAGUCUAUACAAUGAGUAUACAAAGCUAUACUUGGACUUUACUGCCUUGUUAAAAGCAGACUUUUGUUUUAUUUUUGAAAAAUUUUUAAAUUUAAACUUUAAAAAAUCAAAAAUCAAAAAAGUUUUUUUGUUUUUUUCUUAGAUCAUUUUUGGCUUUUCCAUUAUACUACUUCAAUUAUCUAUAAGUAUUGCCAAUGCAGCUUGUAACAAAGUAAAGUACACAUUUUAGACAAAUCCAUACUCCACAUUUGUGUAUGUAGCUGGUAUGACUUACUAUUGCUUGGCAUAUGUAGUGAUCUAUGUUUAUGCUAAGAAAGUAAUGACAUCAUUUCGAAUAAGAAAUGAAAAAACUAAAUGGUUCUCGGUUAAUAAACAGGUUGCCAACUCUUUCAUUAUUCAGGUAAUGUUAAUCUUCGCAUUGUACUUACAGUUAAUGCUGUGGAAAGCUUUAUUAUAGUUGAACUCUUGUAUAACAAACUCCUUUAUAAAGAACAAACUUAAUAUGCCCAAAGAAUUGUUAUGCAGGAAGUUUACCGUAAUUUAUUUCUAAAAAUUUUUACAAAAUUUUCAAGUUUUUUCAAAAAAAAAUAUUUUAGGCGAUUACCCCAUCCCUAACAAUCUCACCAAUAUUUUUCGCAUUAGCCAUUUGUGUCAUUUUCAAACCUGGCCCUCAUAUUGUUUAUUGGUCAAGUUUUGCCUUCAACUUUAUAUUAACUGUCAUGCCAGUUAUCAACCCGUUUGUGGCCGCUUCCUGUAUUCACAAUUAUCGAAAAACGGCGGCAAAGAUAAUAUUCUGUUCGUAUUGUUUGGAUGGCGGCCGAAUUACACCUGAAGAUGGGACCAGAGUCAGCGAUUUGAGGAGCACAUAA